CGUCGUGGUGUCGUGUUUUCCGAUUGCACUCGACCAAGUAGAAGAAUUAAGUCCAAGUCCAGAAUUAAUUCGCUCGAGAGACAACGGUCUCCCGAGUCGCGGUGACGGGGAAUUUGCACGGGGCCUUAGUGGCCGGAACGGCAAACGUUUGGCCACAGUUUUGUGACCGCAGACGAAAGAACGAACUUGUAGCAGCAGCAGCGCUCCGCCUGUAGUUGUGUAGCAGAACUCUGGCUAUGGCAGGCUCGACGACGACGGAGACGACGGCGGUGGUCUUUUCUUGCCACAGACCAGCCAAGUGUUAGUGAUUCCGCGUGAAUCCCGUGCAAGAACCAUCUGAAAAGCGCUCGGCAGUACGCCUCCCGUGCGGGGCCAAUUUUUCUUUUCUCGUGAAAACCAUCCAAAUACGGGUCUCUGGUGUAGCGGCUGGUCGUGUGGCGAAGCGGGUCUGUCAGUGUGUGUGGCGGUGGUGGCGCGAUGGCGGUGCAGUAGUGAGAAGAAGGAUAAAAAGUGGAACCCGUUCAAAAUGUGACAAGCACGGUCCAGAAAGGGAAGCGAAGAAGCAGAAGAAGCACUUUAUUCGUUGCAGUGUGUGCUGUGUGCUGUGUGUUGUGUGUUGUGUGUGUGUGCGCGUGUGUGUGCUGUGUGAGCUAAACGGAGCAAAAGGAAGCAGCGCAGAGGCCACAGCACCACAAGAAAGAAGGAGGAAAAAAAACCAAGUUGCGCGGCUGUUGGUGUGUGUAAAGUGGCCAGCGGCGGCUUUCCGCCGUUGCAUGUUUUCUUCUGUGCCGCGGAGUGACCAUCCGGCGCGGGGCCACCUAUUCAGCCGCCAGCAGGUAUAUCGCAAAGAUAAUAGUACCGAGCGAGAGAGCAGCAAGCAAAAGGAGAAAAAGGAGAGAAAGAGAGAGAGAGAGCGAGUGGCGUUGAGUGAGCGACUGAGAGCAAAAUAGGCUGUGCGUGUAGGGUAGAAAGAGAGUGGCGCAUGCUAGUGCAAGUGCGAAAAGUGUCGAAGCAGCAGAAGCGCUAUAUCGCCGCCGCCUUCGACGAUCGGAAUCGUCGUCGUCGUCGUCGUCCAUUUCUCUAGCGUACACUACCAACAAUCAUCAGCAACAUCCGCGGAACCAGCCUGCUGCUGUGUGGUCGGCCCCCCUUCGCCAAGGAUUUUUACGGUGGGCCGCCUCCGUGUGCAGGUCUCGUGCGGAAACAGCAACCAGCAGUGCCAGACUAGAGGACGAGCCUCUAGCCAAAUGUGGACAUAUUCACACCUUGCAUCGAGUGCCACAUUAUCGGUAUCGGGGUUUCCGCUACAACCGAAACAUCCCGAUAAUACAGUCCCAGUUUUGGUCCCCCUACUGGCGCCCGGCAAUCAUAUUACCAUUGUUUGUCCGAUGAAAUUCUAGCUCCCUAGUGUGUCUUCGUUGUGCGUGUGUGCAUGUAUAGGUGUGAGCGUGUGUGUGUGCCCGCGUGUCUGUGCGAGUAGCACAGUUCUUGGUUCCUUCUUUAACGUUAAGAAAGUAUCUCCUUGUUGUGUUCAUAAGCGCCGGUUGCUGGAGUGUGCUUCUUGCUAGGUGAUUUCGAUUCCCCGAGCCAAACGCGAGUCUACGAGGGGGCGGCCAGCGACAGAAACAGGGUGCACGUACGUGAACGUCGAUAUUGUUCUCUGUGAGCUUCACACCCGGAACGCCUUAAUCGAUACGCUAGCGCAGAAUCGAGCGGCCGUGCAAAGUAGUGUGUCACGUGGAGUAGCAGGCGGAGGAAGCGCCCCCGCCGCGACCAGGCAGAUUGGGGAAUUCGGCCGGUAGCCUACGAUGACUCCCUCGCCAGAACUCGGACAGCCAAAGGCACCCGAUAAAGUUUGCGAUGAGCAGCGAGCAGCAGCAACAGCGACGAUUUCUGACGAUCGUGACAACAUCGAGCCGACGACCGAGCGUUCCACUGACGUACAGCACACCACCACCGCAGCAUCCAGCGAUAUCACCAGUGCCAGCAGCACCCUCGCGACAUCCACCGACGUUACGGCGGCCGCCGUCAUCGCCACCAGUGUCGACGCCACCGUAUCGACCCCUAGCCGCACAACCAACAUAGCAGCGAACAGCAGCUCCAGCAGCAAAAUGCCGACGACAAAUGUUGUUGGGGGGGCGACGGUUGGCGUUGUCCCGUCCGUAAUCAGUACGAUGGCGAUGUCGGCAGCAGCGACUACUACGACUACGACCACGGCGGCCUCUGCCGUGAAGGUAUCGUCAUCGCAAUCCUCCACAACAGCCACGGCCACGGCCGCACCCGCUGGCGGUCAGAAUGGGAAAAAUUCGUCAUCGACCAACACCGGCAACAACAGCACCAGCAGCAGCAACAGCAACAGCAACAGCAACAGCAACAGCAACACCAGCAAAGAUCAUCUCCCGGAAUCACCGCCAUCCGACCAGGAGCCGGUGCUUGUUGCAAUGCCUGAGGACACGCUGCAAGAUCUCCUGGAAGAAGCGUAUACAUACAAGUGCCCAAAAGAUCGUGAACACAAGAGUGCUAUAUUUAACGAACUGUUGAAUAAAGCGGAGCGCGAAGAUCAGGAGCAAAACUUUUCGUUCACGAGCCGUCCGGUGCAUAGCAAACGUUCGUCGGGAGGCCGUCCGACACAGGGUGGCUCCCUGCAGGACCUACCGGAAGCGACCAAGCAGGAGUAUGGUUACAGCAGCAGUGAGUACUGUGCGGUGUCCAGCUACUCUUCGAGACGAUCGGGCGGUGGUGGCUACGGAGGUGCCAACGCGGGUAUGGGUAUUGAGGGAGUUGGAGGUAGUAGCGGCGGCGGUAGCUCACAUGGUGCCGGGUCGCGCUCGAAGCGCCAGAUUUCGUCUGUGUCUUCGCGGCAACGCGAAGGUGGAAGUUUGCCUAGCAAUGUCAACCAAACGAUCAGCGAACAACCGUUCCUGAAGGAAGUUCGUCGGCCCUUGAAAUCCACGUCGAUCAAAUCGUCCUCGUCCUCGAAGAGCAACGACUACGGUGCGUUGCUUCAGUCAGCACCGCUGAAUGCGAUUACAGGCAGUGACUGCAGUUGGUCCACCUCCGGUGGAGCCAUCAUUGCCGGCGAGGAAUCUCAUCUGUUGGCUGGUGCCGGGAGUGGUGAGCUGUGCGGUGCCACCAGUAUGAUAAACGACCACCGGACGGUACCGGCGCACACGGUCAUCAAUAUGCACGAUCUGGGUGUGGAUGAACCCUCAACAUCCACCUCCGUCAGCGUCAUCGGUCACAAUCCGCUACAGCAGUUGUGUAUGUUUGUGUCCCAGAAUAAUCACUACGAGAACAGCGGAACGGAUGACAUCGAACUGAUUGCCGGCGGAGUUGGAGGAACAGCGUGUGGUAAUAGUAGCACUAACACUGCCAUUACUGGAUCGUCCUCACCAAAUGUUUGCUCCAUGGCGGCAUCAGCGGCAAUAGCAUCAGCCGCGGUAGCGCUCGGAACGGGGGCUGCCGGUCCGUCUACGACGUUGGGGUACUGUGGCAGCGGCACGGCAGCAGCAACAAGUGGAGGUGAUCUGUACAGCAGCAACGGUACUGGCGGUCUCGGAGGCAUCAACAGCGGCGGUACCAGCAGUAGUAGUGCUGCUGCCACCAACAGUAUCAGUAGCAGCAACAACAACAGUUCGGUUGGUCUCUCCGCGACGAAAAAGACGUUCAGCUAUCCAACACAACAGUACACGGCUGAAGCGUGUCUUGACAUCGGACAAACGUGUCGGGGAACCCGGCCUUUGUCCGUGCAUCACGUGGAUAAGACCGUUUCACUGCCGAUGCUUGAAGCGGUACAGCUUGGUUCUUCCUAUCCGUCCGUCAAGUGCAUGAUCGAUAGCAGCAAGAGUGGCGAUCAAACGGCGAUGAAAACGAUGCUGUCGCCUAGUAACACGUUCAUCUCAACCACUCGAAGCAGCAUGCAAUACCCAUCAAUUCAGCAAAAGUUUGACGAAAACGCAAAUUCCGUCUCACAGUUCGGUGGAGGAAGUGGUGGUAUUGGUUCUUCGACCAGCGGUGGCAGCAUCGGUGGUGGCGGGAACUCAACGGGGACGAGCAGUAGUGGUGGAAAGAAGUAUCGCAAACCGAAAUCUGAUCGCAACACUGUCGUUGUGGUACCGGAAAACAUUGUCGGCUAUCGGGGGCAAAGUGACAUUGAAGCGCUUGUAAAGUACAUCGAAAACGAUGGCAAAGCUAAACAAUCACAACAGCAUCAGGCCAGUAUCAGUAAUGGUGGCAGCGAUGUCUCCGGAGUGGCUGCUGCCGCCGGUGAGAACGGAAAUGGAUCCGGUGGCACAACGUCGUCAUCGAACGGAACGGCAACGUCCGGCACUACCGCUAGUACGUCCGGUGGCGUGGAUGCUGAUAAACCGAAGCGCAAGAACGAAAAGAAGCGCGAUCGGACGGCCGGCGGAGCGAAGCAAUUGAAGAAGAGCAACUCACUGGAGGAGUUGAGCAGCUGUAGCCGCAAAAAGGUGGAAGAAGAAAACACACGACAGAAUCAUGUCGAAAAGGCUCGUGCGCAGGAAACGGAUCCGGCGGUCACGUUGCGUAGUAGCAAGUCACAGAAGAGAAAGGAACAACAACAGUCCACCGGAGGCACAAAGGAAGGCAAUGCAGGAUGUUCCAACAGCAAGCAACAACAGCGCACCGAACGGCGUUCGUGGGGUACAGAGGAGUUGAACUUCUUCGGAAGCCAGUCCGUAGAGGCACAAUCGCCUUCUGAUGAGCCUCCACAAUCGAUCGCUCCGGCAUCAUCGAACAGUGCUAGUGGAAAGGUAGGCAAGAAAGAUAAGAAAGAGGCCAAAGAUCACCAUAAUCCUUCCAGCAGCAGUAGUGUCGUGGACCCGGCCAGUGCUCAGCAGCAUUCGACGACGCGGAAGCGUGACUCGUCGUUGUCCUCGCUUGGUGGAGGAACGCAGGGCGGAGGCGGCUCAAACGGUGGAGAGGGAUCAGAUUUCCACGUCGUAACUAAAAAGAAAAAAGCAAAGAAAAAGCUUCCGAACGCUGCUGGUACAGGUGCUGGCCACGACGAUGUGGCUUCGGGCAGCAAUUUCAUCGGCGGAGCUGCCAAUCGACGGCAGCACUCGCAUGGUAGUUCGGGGGGCAACGGUGGAUACGGACGCGCUAGUAGCGGUUCGACGUUCCCAGCAAACAACUCCUCUACCGGUGGUGGUAGAUAUCAUGCCAGCAAUCACUUUAUUACCGAUCGAGAGGUAUAUAUGAGUAACGAUGUAUCUCGGCGAAAAUCGACCUCUUCUGUGCCUCCGUCGGAAAAGUCAGACUCAAGCGAUGCGGAUUCCGUUUACUCGUUGCCUAUUGAAGCCAACUCUUCUCGAAAACAUCAUCGCCAACAGCAGCAAUCCCAGCAGCAACAGCAGCAGCAAAAACCGUCUAAGAAGCAGCAGCUUCCGAACAACACUAGUCAUCAACAAAGGCAGCAACAGCAAAGUGGUGGGUCGGCUUCAGCAACAGCGACACCACAAUCAUAUGCUGAAAUUGCCCGUAUACCGAACAUGACGACAUAUGAAAAGAGUGGAAUGGACAUUGGUAGCGGUGGUGGCGGUACAACUGCUUCUGCUGGUACUGGUGGUAGUGGAUGGCCAAGCGUCGCUGAAGGUAGUAGCCAAUCGAAAGACGGGGGUAGUGCUGGUAGCAGCAACGUGUUGCAAGAUCUCAAUUCGUCUGAAGCGUUCCCACAACUAGUCGAAUCACAUCAGUAUCAAGCACCACCACCAUCACAUUAUCUUUCAAAUCAACACCAACAACCGCUAUUGUCUUCGCAGCCAUUGCUAGCAUUGCCUAGCGCUGUUUCAGCAAACAAUCCUAGCAACUCAGGCACCACUGUACCAUACCAAGCUCAGAUCGUCGCUCCACGUGCAACAUACUCUCAAAGUUUGCUUACGGCGGUGGUCAGUACCAAUGGUACCGGUGAAGAGCCAUCGAUCAUUUCUACCAGUGCUAGUGGCAAGACAACAGGUUCUGCGACAGGAGCCAUAAUAAAUACAGUAGUUUCGACGGCAACCAACGAGAUACACAAUGGUCCAGUUACGACAAACAAUGCUUCGGAAGGUGGUAUUGGUGGAGCCACAAAAGCAUCCCUUCACAAGUCCAAAAGCGUCGAUAACAAUGAAAUUUACUACUCGAAUGAGCACUACCCGGCCCUGGAACGAACAAUUAAAGGUUACGGUCAAACUACGCUGCCCUCCGGAUUGUCUUGUAAUAAGGCGACGAACGCGAAAGGCACUAGUGCCGCUACUUCAGUGCCCAUUGCUGGGCUAAGUUUCGGGCAGGUGGCAGCAGCAGCACCACCAGCGCCACUAGCAUCAGGAACAGCAGCAUCACCACCGGCGACAACGCCCAGUGUUACAAAUUCUACUUCCGCGACGGUAACAGUAAAUUCGGCCCCACAAUCACAGCCAGUGAAUACCGUUGCGGCGAAGAAAGGUAAGGCGAAAAAGGAAACAACGGUGACGAUAGUGCCAACAGAGGGUACGGAUACUUCCGUCGCUUUCGCAGGUACCAUUGCUACUGUUCAGUCGUCCGUUGCAGGUAACACUAGCAGCAACAAUAUGCCGAACGAUAGUGAUACCCAGUCUCCAACGAUCCUUCCAUUCGAUACACGACGCGCUAUGAAUGAUGCUGAACCACCAGCUGGACUCUCUUCGAUUCAGUUUAUGCAAGCACCGCAGCAGCAACAGUCAUCCGAGAAGUUAGUUGCCCAGCAACAGCAACAUGUGCUGCAAGGAGGUGGCAAACGGAACAAAAAGGAUAAACAAUCGAAUAUUACGGCAGCAUCGGGUGCUUCCUCUGGCGCUGGUAAAGGAUCAUCGGGUCGCUCCAGCACUUCUACGGCUAGCAACAGUGCUUCGAAUCAUCUGCAGCCGAAUCGUCCAGCUGUGAUCAUGAUGAACGAUGGCGUUGAGCAAAAGUCGAAUGAAUUCACGUUUGGGUUCAGCAACGAUUAUGAACUAUUAUUUGGAGACUUUAGUGAAGAAGACUGUCGUAAGCUCCUUGAGGGUUCCACAGCAGAUAGCUCAGCAGCUACCUCUUCUUCGCAGAAACCCAAGGGCCAAAAACCGAAUAGCAGAGUGUCGUCUGUGCCAGUGACUUCAUGCAAUAUCGACGGUUCUGAUCGGGAACCCUCAUUAUCGCCGUCAUCAUCAUCAGCGGUAAUGAAUGAAACACGUAAUAGCAGUAGUACCAGCAGUACCAGCUGUAACUCACUCGGGAAACCGCCUCUCCAACAAUCAUCAUCCUCACCCUCCUCUUCGUCAUCCGUCUGUUCAUCUUCAUCCUCAUCGUCGAACGCCCCCAGUUACCAGAAGCUGCCAUUGCUUCCAUCACUCGUUGCUACACCACCACAACUCUAUCUCGGUGCGCACGGAAACAUCGUACCAGCAGCAGAUAGUGCAGCAAUUGAGACAACGGUGGCGACGGUAGUUUCAUCGACGACUGUAAUGCCUCCUCUACUCACCGAUCCAGGGACCGCUACCAACCUGUUCGCUCAUCCGCCACCAGCCGUUCUAGUUCAUUCAAUUUAUACACAGCCACCACCAUCGCUUCCGGCACUACCAUGUCAUAAUCAGUUUGCGCUUCCACCGCCAGCCGUCGUUGCAGCUACAGCAGCUGCUUCCUCAGGCGUUCAGCCAAUCCCGGUAGUGCCUCCUGGUAGCGCUAGUACUACAGUCGCUGUCGUAAAUGCUGUACCACCGCCACCAGCAGCAACAGUGCAGGUCGUGAAGGAAGGACUUUUGCCGGGAGCACCACCUACUCCUACACUUGUUGCUGUCCCUUCGGCUGCUCAUCUCAUGGUUCCUCCACCGGCAUUGCCACCGAUGGCAACCGCGGUAUUGCUCCCACACCAGGCCGUUGUCGUGCCGGUGGUUCCUACUGGCUCCGCUGCUUCUAUCGCCGAUGUUGCCAACAACAAUGUACUCGUUGCCACGGUUCCCUCAUCAUCACUUCCACAUCAUCACCAGCAAACAGUGAUGACCACACGACCGCAGGCCGCCACUGUCGGAGGAGGCCUGCAAAAUCAUAACAAUAACGUUGCAACCAAUAGUGUCACUCAGACGUACCAUGCCUCACAACAGCAGCAACAGCAGCUGCAACUGCAACAAACGACAGCCGAAGUGACCAACAGCGCCGCCACAAUUACGCCAGUAUCACCAACAUCCCAGAUGGUGACGACAGUGGAAGCAUCAGCGCAGACGAUCAAUUCGAACAAUGCUGCAGGUAUACAGGAAACGAAAGGAGGAACCACUGUCGCCCCCGUUACUUCCGGUGCAUCGGCUACCCCGAUACCGGUACGUCUGGACAAGAAGAAGGAACUAAAUCUACGCUUCGUUGAACCGGAACAGGUACACAGUAUCGAUUAUAAUCACGAUAAGAUAGUGUUCUUUGUUGGAACAGCCUGGGAAGAUGCUAUCUGUGGUAGCAAUGGUACCGCCAAAUACUACGAAGGGCAGUAAAAGUUGUUAAUGCUGUGCAAUGAUUGAAACAGCAGUCUCUCUGCGUAAUAGAGAGUGUCAUCGUGGGUCAGCCGCCGAGCAUUGCUCCUGUAAUAUUUGAUAGUGCUGAAUGUAAUGCGCGCCAGACGACUUCCCGCUUUGCUAGUUCCCCGACACGCUCGUAUCGGCUGGUAUCGUCAAACGAAUUUAUCGCCGUUUGGUAAGGGCGCGUGGGGAAAGGGGAGCACAUCACAUGCUCGCUAGGGCGGGGAAGGUGAUGUCUACAUCUGGAUGCUUUCCCGAUACUCAAGAAAAGCGACGCAAUGAAUGCAUGGUGAGGAAGAGCUUCUUUAAGUUAAGGUUUUUCGGUUAUUCUACUCCGCGAGCGUUAGUCAACGUUAGUAAACGCGCGCGUACAUGUGUAGCCAGCCGCAUUCUUUCUUGCAGAUUAGUGGCUAGUGUUAUAUCGCUCAGAGCAUAAGUUAAUAGAAUCGAAGAGGAGUAAAACAUCUAGAUCAGUAGUUUAGAAUAUCGGUAUCGAAGUGUGUGAAUUCCGCGAAUGUGUUAUUCGACAGAGAAAAACAAAAUAGUUGAGAGAGACAGAGAGAGAGAGAGAGAGAGAGAGAGAAAGAGAGAGAGAUAGAGAGAGCGAAUUAGAGAUGCAAAGCAUAUUAUGGUGUGCUGACAAGCAAAUAAAACAGUCAGCCACCCACCAGCAAAGCAACGCGCAGUGGAACGUGCCAAGCUGUCAUUCGUUCGUUCAGGUUAUUAAGCAUUAUUCAAGCAUUAAAACACAAAUGCCACGCUGAUCAGUUUCCCAGUUACGUUUCCCUUCAUAAUCGUCUCGCCUAUACUACUGCCUAUUGGGUACUGACACUUUCGGAUAGUUCAGUGUUUGUGGGCUGUCUUUUGUGGCUUUCGGUUUGCUGCACGGUAUUUUUUAAACUGUCAAUCAGGGUUAUCAAGUUGCUAAGAGCGUUCCUUUGAGCCGCGUUAAAGUCAUGUGCACGUGAGUUACCUUUGUUUCCUUUAUUCGUUCCGCUAGCAGAGAUCGUUUCAUCCUACUUACGAAAGUACGACAUUUUAUACCAUCGCGUGAUAAUUUGUUUGUGUUUUUUCGCUCUUCGCGUAUUGUUUGAUGCGUGUAAAUUCUCUUUGUUUUGUUUCACCAUUUAUCAAGCAAACAUAACAUCAAGAACCGGAUUGCUCUGCCGAUGCGCGUCGUCUCAGGCGACUAGUUUUUUUUCUUUCGUUAAAUAGUAUCACCAAGAAGUAUGAAAUGCUUAUUCAGGACACUGUUGUGUACUAUUCGAUCGGAAUCGCGAAGUUGAAACUGAUUAGCAUGUGAAUACCUGAGCGCGGUAAGGAUAGCGAGUGUAGAAGUAAUGAAACAAGCAGCGGUCAGGUGUUGCAGUGUGUAAUCUGCAGAGUUAUUGGUAGCACCUAUGUGAUCAGUCACACACUGCACCGAACAGUCAUGAUCAAUCAGAGAUAACGGUUGCACCAUCUGCUGCUUGCGCAGUACAUCACGUAGUGCGUGGUAUGAAUGAGUAAAUGUAAUCGGAUAAAUGCGUAUGAAUGGAUUCGAGACUUUGAGGUAGCAAUCAUUUUGCAAUAGCAGACGCGUAAGAUCGGAAAUACGAUCAUGGGCGAUACGUACCGGGGACGACGAGAGAGGUAUUGUCAAACUAGAGGGUCUGCUAAGAAUGUACAUUGGCAUGUAUGUGUGUGCGUGUGUUCGCGAGAGAUGUAAUAUAGCGUGCAUAAAUUAUUACAAACAAAAAUAAAAAGGAAUAAAAAAAUGGUAAUGUAACAACCAAUGUGAUUUUAGUAUCUAAUCGAAAAAGUAAAGAUGCAGAACAGAAGAAUGAUAUCUAUACAUAAAAAUACAUAAAUCUAUACUUAUAAAUUUAUAUAUAUAGCUAUAUAUAAAUUUAUAUUUAUAUAUUUAUAUAUAAAUUUAUAUUUAGGUGUAGUUGGGCGAAAAGAAACCAAACAAACUUAGCGAGACCAGAAACUAAAAAUCAGAACUAAAAAAAAGAUAAAAAGCAAGGUGGAUAGGUACCACCACCAAAGGAUUAAAGGAUCAUCAUAUAAUAUACUUUUAGCAGUUUCUUUCGUCAGUUCCGCUUGCUCAGUUCGUGCAUAUAGGAUUAGAUGGAUGCCGUUUCCCAUGCUCUCAGUUUGUUUAGUUAACAUAACCACUGUCGCCAAGUUCUUCGCGGCGCCAUCGAUUGUCACCACGCGUCCCCCUUACUAUCCGCAUCCAUCGUUGUCGAACACAGGGCCCCGAAAAGAAGCAAAGGGGCAUUCUAAUGUUAAGUAGUUUAAGAUACAUAAUUUGUGUUCGUAUUUUGUCGUUCGCAUGAUAUACGCCUGAUCACAACCACGGGAAAUGAGUGAAUGGCAAUGCUUGUAACGUGUAAAAGUAUGAAUGCGAUCACCGCUAGCAAGGAUGCCCGAGUCAGAGUAUAAUAACGACAGCAGAGAGCCAUUAAAGUAUGGAUUGGAUGAUUGAUUAGUUAAGCUGUAUUAAAUGUGACGGCAGGACGAGUGUCACCUGAAUGAAUGUAUCUACUCAUCAUCAGGAAAUACCAAAAGCUAGACGACACAUUCUACGCUUCCGGUGACAGAAAUCAACAAGGAAAAAAUGAAAGAAUAAAAAAAAAAUACAAUCCAUGGACUGCGGAAGCUUGUAAGAGGACAGUAUAAUCAUCUAAUAACUGUAUUUAAGAGCUAUUAUUUACUAAGUUUCAUGUCAGUAGCGCAUACAUAUGUAAAGUAACGUGUGCCCACUUCUGCGUUAUGGAAAAGCAAGGUUGCUAAAAGACGGGAAAUGAGACGGAAUGAAAGAAGAGAAAUGUGCUGUAAAAGAGGAAUAUAGACAUGAAACUUAAUAUUUAGUGAGUUCCGAUCUUUGUGCGCGGGAAUGAGCAAAACAUAUGGAAAUCACAGCAAAAAACAGACUUAAAGUUUAUGCGAGAAACGAGCGAGAACGAAAAGAAACUAACGAUGGAUACUAACCGUAAAUAGGAUGAAAACAACAACCGUUUACCGCCUCUCCUAGUGAGAACUGCCAAUCUGUUCGGAUGAGAAAAAAAUUACAGCAAAAAGUGCAGCUCUAUGGCCACUGUGGAGAUAGUAUAGCUGGGUGAUAAGGAGUCUGAUUGCGACUAAAGCUUAAAUUAAUGAAUAGUCACUAGAAAACCUAGGAAAAGCGGAACUAAUGAAAGCAAACAGGCGACGUAAAAAUGCAAAAAAAAUACUAAAAUCCAGUGCCAGUAUGUUCUGGCCACAAAAACACUAGGAAUGAUUGAGUUAAGGAAAUGCAUAUGUGCGUGAUGUGUGUUGAUGGAAAGAGAGAGAUAGUGAGAGAAAGAAGAAGAAAAGAGAGAGAGAGAGAGAGAGAGAGAAAGAGAGAGAGAAAGACAGAGGGGGGGGGGAGAUAACAGUCAAGAAAGGAGAAAAAUGAGGAGAAAGGAACCAAUCAUGCUCAUCAAAUGGUUACAAAAUUGUAACAUAACAACAGCCGAGAACAUUAAAAAAAGGAUAAAACUAAUUCCAGUGACUGUUUAGGAUAUCAUACGUGCAUUGAUACAGACACACAUUCUCACGCACAUACACAUACUCAUACACCUUUCAUACACGCUUGGGUGUGUUUUCGCGUGUAGAAUGCUGCGCUUUAAACUAAGCAACCAAUAAAAAAGAGUACAUAUAAACACACUCACUACAAACAAAACUUAACAAAAGCGCGCGUUGCAUUAGAUAGUUUCGGAAAAAGCGAAUAAAACAAGGAUGGCCACGAGCAUUGUACUAAAUUACGAAAACACACAAGAGAGUAAACAGAAAAACAGUUUUCGCAUCUUCAUAACACAAAACGUGUUUGUUGCGGAACUCCGGCACACAAGGGUUGGUGUAAGAAAGAAGGAAUGUUCAGGAACAGCGCAGGGAAAAGCUGGGCCUGUUGCAAGAUUUUCAAUCGAAUCCAAACACAGCUUCGGCGUCAGGAGAUAUCCUGCAGGCUGUUAACAAGGAGAGGUAAUAAGCGAAGACUCACUCACAAUAAAACGCGAGACCGAAAGAGAAAGGCUGGUACGCCGAAGCAUACAGGUGCAAAAAUAAGGGAAGGAGCGCUUAGAAGGCGUCGAACAAUUCGCUAGGAAAGGAUAAGCGAAAUCGUAAGAAAAAGGAGCGGGUGAAAGGAGGAAGAAGAAUGUGGUAGAGGGCAAGCGGGAUAAUGGAGAAAAUAAAGAAACAAGAGCAAAAAAAUGAAACAAAAAGAUUAAUAAUCAUGCUCGUUUGCGAAUUGCAAAGCCGAAUAGGGUUACUCAAGCAGAACAAACACAAAGCGAAGAAGAAGUAGAACGUCUGUCCUUGUCUGGUGUUGCCAAUAGAAGUGCAUUUGCCAUCCUUACCUGCCCCGUAUUCUUACGUCGAGUAAAGCAUAGACCCUAGCAGACUGUGCUGCUGCUACGCAACGCAUGACUACUAGUGGUCAACGUUACAGCUGCUGAUGGUUGGUUGGGUAUCUUGUGAACCAUGGAGCAUGUUGUUACCUGCACGUAGGGCAUAGAACCGCAGAACAACUAAUGCGAUCCACACACAGACAUUGGGCUAGCUAGCCAUUGUUUUUUCACAAAAAUGAGCCACUUAUGAUCGGUGGUAUGGAAUAAAAAGUAAAAAGUCUAUAAAAAAAAACUAUUAACAGCAAAAAUCGCUUCGAUCAAUAAAUCCAUUGUUUUGUGGUCCACCUGGUUAUGUAUUUCUUUUUUCUACCUUUUACAAACCAUAUUUCUACGCCUUUGCGGUUUGUUUAUUAUACGCAACCCUAUCUUGGUUGUUUCUUUUUAUAUUAUUACAUCAAAACAUCGAAAAUAUCUGAUUUUCGUUUGGUUUUGAAGAAUGUGAAUAAUCAAAAGCUCAUCCAAUCGUUUUUAGUUUUUGCUAACGGUCCCUUAGUCCUUCGGGAUCAGGCCCAAGAGUUACAAUGAGCAAAGCAGCAGUGUGCGAACCGGAAAGCAAACCAAAAGCAAGGGAACGCAACAAAUGGUAACCCAAGAACAAAUGCAUAUGUGGAACGUACAGCUUCGCGUUAGUAGGCGGUACGGAGAAACAACGGAGAAAGAUUGGAGAAAAAUAGCUCUGCGAUAGGCGAACCACGAAGAUGAAGCAGCAGGAAAAUGCAUGGAUGUUCACGAAGUGGAGGAAAAUGUUUUUUUUUUAUUUAUGUUUGUAAAUUAUUGAAGAAGUGAAGAGAAAAGAGACACUGCAAGAACGCAAAAAAUAGAAUAAAACGUAUGAAAAAGAGUAACUCACGGUGGCGUUUAGUGUGCAUGUUUGU